UAAGCUCUUAAAUAGUGCCUAGAAGACAUCUCCUUAUCGGCAAUUUUUCUUUCUUUCUUUCCAUUUUUUGGGCGUUUACGUUUGUUCAUUUUUUGUGGCUGGACUGUGUUGAUACUCAAACAAGAGCAUAAUUACAGACGUUGCUAGACAAGGGGUUUGAUGCUCUUCAGAAUACUGAUCUUAAGUUUCUCCUAAGCUGCUGAGCACAAGAGCCACGUCCAGAAAAUGGUGAGAGGAAAGAUUCAAAUGAAGUUUAUUGAAAACGAAUCAAGCAGGUUGGUUACCUUCUCAAAACGCAAAAAUGGACUGUUAAAGAAAGCUCGUGAGUUAUCAGUACUUUGUGAUGCUGAAGUAGCUUUGAUUAUUUUCUCACAAAAAGGAAGACUUUUUCAGUUCUCAAGCUCCAACAUGGAAAAUACAAUUGAGAAAUACCUUGAACAUGGAAAAGAAGAGGAGACCACAACUAACAACACUGAAGUUCAACAACAUGUGCAGCCUUUGAAGCAUGAAGGAGCAUUCACAGCAAAGAAGAUAGAGUUCUUUGAAAGUUCCAAACGGAAACUUUUAGGGCAAGACUUGGGGACAUGUUCAGUUGAAGAACUGCACGAUAUUCACAUCCAGCUCGAAAACAGCCUGAAAACCAUUCGAGCAAGAAAGGCUGAACUAUACAAGGAGGAUAUAAAAAAAUCAAAAGCAAAGGAAAAGUUUCUUUUUCAAGAAAAUACAAGAUUGCGCAAACAGUGUGGACGAAAGCCAAAUCAGACACCAGAAAAACAGAAAGAAAUUGCUAGUUGCAGCCAAAGGACAGUGAGCUUAGAGGUGGUGACUGAUCUGUUUAUUGGCCUACCUCCAUUCCAAUAAAUUCAGAUUUCAGUUGAUCAAUUUCAAUAAAUAUGUUGAAAUAAUAAUGACUUUAAUUUUCAGAGAAUCGCCUGUCAUAUGAUGAAUAAAUCAAUUGCAGUGUGAGUAAUCGUAUUUGUCUUCCAUAUUCAUAGUGUAUAUGUACAAGUUUCAGAUUUUAAUUACAAUAGCAAUGUUGGUGCUUUC